AUGGGUCGAAUUUUACAGAAAAAGAAGAAUCGCUCUUCGGCACCCAAAAUCAAAAUAAAGAGCGGAAAGUCGAAGAGUGGAAAGAAGAAGAUUAAUGUGCUGGGAAAUUCGAUCAUCGCGCAGAACUGGGAUAAAAAAUUAACGCUUGCUCAAAAUUAUCGUCGUCUUGGGCUUGCCACCCGUUUAAAUGCCCCGACCGGUGGUGUGGAAAAGGGAGUCUCAUCAGGCGCACUCAAUAACAUCAGUUCCUUAGCUACAAAAGGGAAAACAGCUGCGCAAAUACAACCCAGUGAAGCCCGGGUGGAGCGUGAUCCGGAAACUGGCAAGAUUCUCCGUAUAAUUCAACCCGAUCAAGAUGGAGACGAUGGGACAAUAGAGGUCGCGGGGCAUAAACGCCGAAGAACAAACCCCCUCGAUGAUCCCCUGAAUGAACUUUCGGACGUUGAGGACUCUACUCUACGUGACACGGGUGCCUCGACGGACGUUGUUUCUGCCCUGGAGCGGCAAGCUGCAGCUGAAGAAGAGAGAGUCAAGAAAAGAAAGCCCAGACAUCAGAGCAAACGGGAAGAGGAGUGGUUACAACGGCUGGUCGACAAAUACGGCGACGACGUUCCUGCGAUGGUGAGAGAUAGGAAACUUAAUCCGAUGCAGCAGACCGAAGGAGAUAUAAGAAGGAGGUUAAGAAAAUGGCAUGGAAAUAAAAAAUAAUGGCCUCGGUUACGUGCGCAUUUUGGGUGAAAUAUGGCGUUUACGGUGGACUUUGGAAUGG